CCAUUUCUCCUCUCAAGUCUCUUUCUCUCCCGCGUUUACCAGAAAGUGCUAAGACGGCUCGAUAUGCUCACAGUCUGAUUCUGGCCUUCCGCCAUUUCUGCGCUCCAAAGCAUUUCAACUGUGAGUUGUCGAAGCCUUUCUUAUCGCAGCCUCUUCUCUAUUGACUUUCGUCCUCCUGAUCAGGGCUUUCAUUUUCGCUAGCUACAACUCCAGCAUUUUGCAGCUUGACUUGUUAGGUGUUGCCAAGCUCCUUAAUUGAUUUGACUCUGGUCCAAGUUUGAUCCUCUUGCUUACUGGGUUGGUAGGAUUAGCCGUCUUUGCUAUCUGGGUUUCCAGCGGAAUUUUGAAUUAGUGGUUCAUCUUUCUGCAAAUUGCGUUCUGGAGCUUCACCAUUGUUGGUGAGGUUGUUGAAGUUUAUGGGAAUAUCUCAAGUUAGGUGUUUCGUUUCUUUGUGCUAAACAUGAGGAAGUAGUAGAAUUGUUCUUUGUGUUCUUCUUGUAAAGCUUGGAAUCUCAAACUACUUACGGAAUGGUGCCUGGGAUUUUGAGAAAGGUUAUGCCUGUUGCAACAACAAUUCCUAAACCUAAUGAUGAUGAUGAUGAAGAUGAGUAUGCCGAUAAGGUUGGCUACUCUUUUGCUGUUGAGUACUCUGGUCCUCCUCUUCCAUACAACAUCCCUCGAGUUGUGCCAGUCGACGUCGAUGAAAUCCCACUGGCGUCAACACUUGCUUCAGCGUCUCGAUUAGGUGCCGUGCCCAUCAUCCAGCCUAUUGUCAAGUCCACUCUCCCUAGCAAGAAGCUCUCCAAGGAGCUCCAAGAAGGAGAAUCUGCUGGCUGGCCUCAACUAUUCAGUACAGCUGAUGAUUUCAACAAUCAUCCUGAAUCUUCAGUAACAGCUGGGAACUCAGAGAUUGUGGAAAUACCAGACGACGAGGAUAAGGAUGAACCAGCUGGAGAGUUGCAAGAUUGUGCAAGCCCUGGAGUUGGGGAGUCAACAAAAUCUCACUCGUUUUCAUGUUCAGUUUCAUCCGAAAUCUUUUCGGGCAAUGAGGACGAGUGUGCUGAUGAUGAAGCUGCUGCUCGCCACGUGAGGAGACCAUCGGCUGUAACAUUCCGUGAUCCUGACUCGAACGAUGUUGUCGUAGAUGAAGAUUUCGAUGAUGCAUCUGAUGCUGAAAGCAGCAUCCCGGGGAGGCCAACUCCUGCUGUAAGGCCUGGGAAGAAAGGAACUUGUUAUCGUUGCAUGAAAGGGAAUAGGUUCAACGAGAAGGAGGUUUGCAUUGUCUGUGGUGCAAAGUUUUGUUCUGGUUGUGUGCUGAGAGCAAUGGGGUCAAUGCCAGAAGGUAGGAAAUGCGUGACUUGCAUCGGUCAAAGGAUCGACGAGGCUAGAAGAAAGAAUAUGGGGAAGAGUUCUAGAAUGCUGAGACAGCUAUUGCCUAAGAUGGAAAUCAAUAAUAUAAUGACUUCUGAAAAAUGUUGUCAUGUGAAUCAAUUGCCGCCAGAACUUGUGUAUAUUAAUGAUCAGUAUCUUUCUGAGGAGGAGCUGGUGUUGUUGCAAACCAGUGCUCACCCGCCGAGGAAGCUGAAACCAGGGUACUAUUGGUAUGAUAAAGUGUCUGGUUUCUGGGGGAAGGAAGGAGAGAAGCCUUGCCAGAUAAUCAGUGACCAGUUAAACAUUGGUGGUCACAUGAGGCGGGAUGCUAGCAAGGGAGACACCGGCAUACUCAUAAACAAUCGUGAAAUUACGAAACCGGAGCUACUGAUGCUGCAGUUGUUGGGUGUGAAAUGUGAUGGAACAAAUAGCUUUUGGGUAAGUGCAGAUGGUUCAUAUCAGGAAGAGGGCAUGAAAAAUGUGAAAGGAAAAAUAUGGGACAAGCCUGGGGCAAAGGUAAUCUGUACUCUCUUGUCGUUGCCAACGCCUCUUGAUUCCAAUGGCUCUGUGAGUAAAGAGCGAAAUGGUGCUACCAUUCUCCCCAAGGGCCUUGAGCAGAAGUUGUUACAGAAGCUGCUUCUAGUCGGCAACAGAAAGUCUGGAACGAGCACCAUUUUCAAACAAGCGAAAAUCAUCUACAAUGUUCCUUUCUCUGAAGAUGAGAGGGAAAGUAUCAAGUCUAUAAUCCAAAGUAAUUUGUAUGGAUAUAUUGGUAUACUUCUCGAGGGACGUGAACGUUUUGAAGAAGAAUGUUUGGCCCAAACGAGGGAACACCCCAUUGGCGAAAGCAGUUCUUCAGAUUGUGGUGAUAUUGCAGGUCAGAUAGAUACUAAAACCAUUUACUCAAUUGGUCCGAGACUGAAAUCAUUCUCAGAUUGGCUUCUCAAAGUAAUUAUUACUGGAAACUUGGAAACCAUAUUCCCAGCUUCCACUCGUGAAUAUGGACCUUAUGUUGAGGAACUGUGGAAAGAUGCUGCCAUUCAAGCCACAUACAAUAGAAGGGAUGAACUUCCAUCUCUUCCAAGAAAUGCAACUUACUUCCUAGAACGAGCUGCCGAUAUUGCAAUGGUGGAUUAUGAGCCAUCUGACAUGGACAUAUUGUAUGCCGAGGGGAUAACUUCAUCAAGAGGGCUAUCGUCCAUGGAGUUUACAUUCCCCAAGUCACCUCGAGAUCUCUGUGACCACAUUGGUUAUCAGCAUGAUCCAUCACAGAGGUACCAGCUCAUCAGAGCUCAUCCAAGAACCCUGGGAGGAAACUGCAAAUGGCUGCAAAUGUUCGAAGAUGUUGAUAUGGUUCUAUUCUGUGUUUCCAUGACCGAUUAUGAUAAGUUCACUGAAGACAGCGAUGGAGUCCUCACCAACAACAUGAUGGCAACAAAGCAUCUAUUUGAAACCAUGGUAACUCAUCCAAAAUUCGAAGACAAGAAGUUCCUUCUCGUGUUGAACAAGUUCGACCUGCUCGAGGCAAAAAAUCGAGCAUGUCUCACUCACUCGAUGUGAAUGGUUCAAAGACUGGGACCCGGUGAUUGGACAUGAUCCAGCUAACAGCAGAAGCAGAAUUACUAACCCUUCCUUGGCUCACCGUGCUUUCCAGUACAUUGCAAUGGAGUUCAAGAGAUUCUACGCUUCCCUCACUGAUAAGAAGCUUUAUGUCUCGCUGAUUACUGGGUUGGAAGCCGAUAAUGUGGAUGAAGCUUUUCGUUACGCUAGGGAGAUUAUGAAGUGGGAGGAAGAAACUUUUGACUUGAACAAUAAUAACGAGACAUCUUCUACAAGCAUGGAAGCAAGCUCAUCUGCAUGAUAGAGGUAGAGAUCGAUCUCAAGAACAGAAGGGCCUCAAGAGAGAGCUUUAGUUUCAAAGAGUUCACUUGUGCUGUGAAUAUUAUACCCUGUGAUUACCUCACUCUUAUUUGUAUAGUCGAGGAGUCUGAGGUUGUUAAGUGAUUAUAGAGAGAGAAGUGAAACAUUGUAACGAAAUGUUGUAAUCCAUACAGAAAUAUGAGUUCUGGCAUUAUGAUCAAAUUCAGAGUUUUUUUUUUUUAACUAAAAGCUUGCAUCUUGUUUGAGUUAUAGGUAAAGUUCGAAACUUUAUCCGAUCUUGGCAUUUCCGGAGGCUUUCCCUGGCUGCCCAGUUCAAGAUAUUUCUUCUGCAAGCAGUUUCUGGAACAUUUGACUUGAACUAAACAGGGGGAAAUUGUCAACAUCACUCUGUUUUUGUUAGCUCCAAAUUUUUCCAGGUGAUGUAGCUCCUUAUUCACUAAUCCCUAUAAACAUAACUUAGCUCUCAUCUACUGUCAAUUCUCAAUAGAAGAGCCAAGGAAGAGAAAGCAUUCCCUAUUCACAGAAUACACUAAAGCCUUACCCUUAUGAUAUAUAUAUAUACAUUACCAAAGAACUAAUGCUAUACAAUCUUUAUACAUCUGACAUAUCUAGUCUGCACCAUAUAUAACAAAGGAAACAGAAGCUACAACAUUGAAGUAAAAACUUGCAGAGAGAAUGGAAAAGGGUCCGAACGCCAUGGUCACCAGGGCACAAAGCGGUCCAUGAUCAAGCGCACAGUAUCCUCGGACAUCGUACUGCAGAUGUCCGACUCAGAACGAUGAACCAUCACCACGUUCGACCCUUUGCUGCUUUCUUUAGCAGCUUUCAUCACUUGCUUCUCUGUUCCUUCUUCUACUACUGCAUCAUCAGCAUCAUCCUGUGGCUUCUUGAGGCGAACCACUUUUGCUUUGAGCUUGGCUAGCUCGUUCACCCAUGUCUCCACUACUGCUGCUGCCAUUUCCCCCCUCUUCUCUUCCUUUCUGUGUGUCGAUUUUGGAGGGGAAUGAAUAGUAUGAAGAAGAGGAAUGGAA